AUUCCUUUUCUCUGAGGACAGACGAUCCCAUAAAUGCAUAAUCCUCUUCAUCAUUUCUCCAUAACCAUACACCUUUAUUUCCAGCUCUUCUGCACCAAACCGCAAUCUCCAACUUCUCUCAAAUCACUACUACUAUUGAUAAUAAUCUACAGAACAAAGAGUUUCAAUUCUCGAAUUUAUGGGUUAUCUAUCAUGUAAAGCCGAAUCAGCCAUUUCAGUCUCCAAUUCAAGCAGUCCCAGAAAAGCCAACCAAACCAAGAAUGAUCAAGAGAGAGAGAAGCCCAUCAAAAUCCAAGAAUUCAACUACAGUGAUCUCGAAGCCGCCACCGAUGGGUUCUCCGACCAGAAGCUCCUGGGGAGAGGCAGCCAUGGGCUUGUCUACAAAGGGGUCCUGCGAACCGGGCGUUUGGUGGCCAUUAAGAAGUCCUCAAGAGGCUCCACUCCGAAGCUAUUGCCCUCCUAUGCCGCCGACAACUCUAACGAGGUCGAAAACGAAAUCCAUAUUUUGUCCAGAUUACAGAGCCCCAGGCUCGUGAAUCUUGUCGGGUUCACCAACGAUGAUUCCCGCGACCGCCUUUUGGUCGUGGAGUUUAUGGCUAAUGGGACUUUGUACGAUGUUCUCCACUCUAAUCCUCGCCCGCCCACUUGGGGGAGAAGGCUUAAAUUCGCAUUGCAAAUUGCAAAAGCAGUUGAGACCCUUCAUUCCUUGAGUCCUCCUGUGAUUCACCGCGAUAUUAAGUCCGCUAAUGUGUUGAUAGACCGUAGUUUCAAUGCUAGGUUGGGCGAUUUCGGGUUGGCUCUGAGAUGCCAUGGAGAUGAUUAUAGGUUAAGAUCCACCCCGCCCGCGGGGACCAUGGGUUAUUUGGAUCCGUGUUAUGUGACCCCAGACAAUUUGAGUACCAAGACUGAUGUUUUCAGCUUUGGGAUUUUGUUAUUGGAGAUUAUAAGCGGGAGGAAGGCUAUUGAUGUGGCGUAUUCGCCGCCUUCCGUGGUGGAUUGGGCAAUUCCCUUGAUUAGGAGAGGGAAAUUGUUGGCGAUUUUCGACCCGAGGAUCCCGCCCCCUAAGGAUCCUCUGGUGAGGAAGCAGUUGGGGGUCGUGGCGGCCAAAUGUGUGAGGUCUUGUAGGGAGAGGAGGCCGAGUAUGAAGGAGGUUGGGGAGUGUCUAAGCGAGUUGAGUAAAUUGGUUCCUUUGCAUUCUUGGAAUGGUUUUACCAAUCCUUGCAUGAUGGUUGAGGCCGUGGGAGUGGGAAGGCCCGUGGAGUCGAUGGCGCCCUUAAGGAAUUCGCAUAGAGUUAACUCCGACUUGGGGUAUCGAAGCAAUUUGAUGGAUUUAAUGGCGGGAGUUGAUGAGGCGUCUGAUUUUCGAGGAGAUGAUGAUAGGCUUAAGCGGAAGUUCAAGUCCUCAAGCAGGAGUUCUAGUUUGAGAUAUGAAAAUGGCAAGUUCAUUGGUAGCAGAAGCAAUCAGUCUUUGAUUCGGGGCAACGAUAAAGGUCACGUUUAACAUUUGAGGAGAAACCCAUCGUUUGGCAAGAGCUUCGAGGAAUGUUUCAAUUCCUAGUGCUCUGGAUGCUAAAUAAAGGUAAUGACAAUUGUUGGGCGAAGGCAACAGGUGGCUAGGGGAUUGUUGGGCGUCCCUGCCUCUUGAAAACGUGGCGGUAUAAGAAAA